AUGAAGAUGGUAAAAGCACCUUUUAUGGAAGGUUGUAUUUUGAUGAAUUUAGAACAUUCUUUUUGUUGUGGCCAACAAUUACCUCUACCUCCUCUACUACCUUCAGCUCCUCUACCACCUCUAGCAAUUUCAACAUCUCAGCUAUCUUUACAAAUUUCUGCUUUACUAACUUUGGCUUCAGAAACACUAGCUUCUUCACAAGA